AUGUCCCUCACCUAAAUGAGAUCCAAAUAACGAUCGUAACUUGAGGUUUUGCAAGUAAGUGCACUGAUGCAACGAUUUCAAUACUGUAGAGACAUGAUUACAAAAGAAGGAUUUGAAAAAUAUAACAAAUUUUGUGAAUUCUUGUAUACGAUAUAUUGCAGAACAGGAGAGAGAGUAAUUCGUAAAGGAUAAUAAGGAGUACGGUUUUACAUGAUCUUAUAAGGAUAAGUUUCAUUGGUGAGUUAUAAACCUAAGAAUAGAAAAGCAUAGAUGAUGAUGGAUUAAGAGAAAGUAAGGGAAUAAAAGUUAUUUAUAGGAAACGGUACCAAAUUAUGAAGAUGAUACUUUAUUUAGUUCAUUUAGUUUUAAAGAACUUAAUCCUGGAGAUCAUUUUGGUGAUAUGUCUUUAUUAGACAAUGGAUAAGUAUCAUGUACUAUCAUAUGUAAAACCUUUUGUUAAUUUGUAUGUAUGGAUAAACAAUAGUUUGUUAAAUUUAUUGGAAAAUCAGUACCAGUGUUAUAGAAACUUAAAAUAUUAGAGGAAUAAUCAAUAUUUAAUAGUUGGACUGAUGGUGAGUUAAGAGCAUUAAGUUAUGAAUUUAAAAGUAGAAUAUAUCAUCAAGAAGAAUAUCUAUAUUAAGAAGGAUAAAAAAAUGUUUAAGUAUUUUUGAUUAUGAAUGGAUAAAUUGAAAUGUCAUCAACUCGUGAUAAUAAUACAUAUCAUCUUAGUUCCUUAGAUGUUGGUACACUCUUUGGAGAUGAUUCUGAUUAUCAUACAUGUAAUGCAAAAUGUGUAUCUGCCAGAGCUGAAAUACUUGUUAUUGGAAGAUAAGUUUUAAAUAAAAUGUUAGAUUGGCAUCCUGAAUCUAAAUUAUUGUAUAAAUUAUAAUUAUGUUUUCAUCUUUCAUUUUAUAUUAGAACAAAAAGCUAAUUGGAGAUAAAAUAGAUUAAAUAAUCUUAUUGAAUCCCAUGAAGAAAAAACUAAAUCUAAAAGAACACAAUCUGUCAAAAUGUAAUUAUUGGAUUUAUUGAUUAAACCUAAAUUUUAGAAAAUUCGUCUUUCACCUUGUGUUAAGAGAAUUACUAAUAUUUAAGAUUCAAUGGAUUUUGANAAUAAUAAUAUUAAUAAUAAAUGUCAACUAAAUUUCGUUAAUCGGUGCGAUUCUUACUUUGGGUGAUUCGUAAAAAUGUACCUGGAAGAAUAGCAUUGUUGAAGUCGUAAUGUCCCUCACCUAAAUGAGAUCCAAAUAACGAUCGUAACUUGAGGUUUUGCAAGUAAGUGCACUGAUGCAACGAUUUCAAUACUGUAGAGACAUGAUUACAAAAGAAGGAUUUGAAAAAUAUAACAAAUUUUGUGAAUUCUUGUAUACGAUAUAUUGCAGAACAGGAGAGAGAGUAAUUCGUAAAGGAUAAUAAGGAGUACGGUUUUACAUGAUCUUAUAAGGAUAAGUUUCAUUGGUGAGUUAUAAACCUAAGAAUAGAAAAGCAUAGAUGAUGAUGGAUUAAGAGAAAGUAAGGGAAUAAAAGUUAUUUAUAGGAAACGGUACCAAAUUAUGAAGAUGAUACUUUAUUUAGUUCAUUUAGUUUUAAAGAACUUAAUCCUGGAGAUCAUUUUGGUGAUAUGUCUUUAUUAGACAAUGGAUAAGUAUCAUGUACUAUCAUAUGUAAAACCUUUUGUUAAUUUGUAUGUAUGGAUAAACAAUAGUUUGUUAAAUUUAUUGGAAAAUCAGUACCAGUGUUAUAGAAACUUAAAAUAUUAGAGGAAUAAUCAAUAUUUAAUAGUUGGACUGAUGGUGAGUUAAGAGCAUUAAGUUAUGAAUUUAAAAGUAGAAUAUAUCAUCAAGAAGAAUAUCUAUAUUAAGAAGGAUAAAAAAAUGUUUAAGUAUUUUUGAUUAUGAAUGGAUAAAUUGAAAUGUCAUCAACUCGUGAUAAUAAUACAUAUCAUCUUAGUUCCUUAGAUGUUGGUACACUCUUUGGAGAUGAUUCUGAUUAUCAUACAUGUAAUGCAAAAUGUGUAUCUGCCAGAGCUGAAAUACUUGUUAUUGGAAGAUAAGUUUUAAAUAAAAUGUUAGAUUGGCAUCCUGAAUCUAAAUUAUUGUAUAAAUUAUAAUUAUGUUUUCAUCUUUCAUUUUAUAUUAGAACAAAAAGCUAAUUGGAGAUAAAAUAGAUUAAAUAAUCUUAUUGAAUCCCAUGAAGAAAAAACUAAAUCUAAAAGAACACAAUCUGUCAAAAUGUAAUUAUUGGAUUUAUUGAUUAAACCUAAAUUUUAGAAAAUUCGUCUUUCACCUUGUGUUAAGAGAAUUACUAAUAUUUAAGAUUCAAUGGAUUUUGAAGAAAAAAAACUCAAACAUAAGGAAAUCUUGGAAAAACAAAAUCUUAUCAUCACUCAACGUAAAAUUGAAUUCUUUUAACUUGGUCUUACAUUCACAGAAAAAAGAAGGAAAAAAUUAAAAUAAUAAUAAGAAGAAUUAAAUUCAAAAUAAAAAAGAUAAUAUGAAAGUGUUCUCGUUUCAGAACCUCCUCUGCAAAAAUUAAAUAGAGCAUCAAGUACUAUUAUGACCAAAACAUCAUAAACUACUUUUAAAUUAUCACCUCCCAAAAAACUUCGAAAAGUAUUUUCUAUUGAAGGAACAACCAUUAAUAUUCAUUAUAGAUAAUGA